CGAGUGAGAGAUUAUUUCGGAUAGGGGUGGUAAAAACGAGUGGACUGGUUUCAGAGCUCCGGCGCACCUUCCAAAAUAUUAUGGCAAAAACAAUGAUAGGCUCCACGCACAAGCUCAAACAUGGCUUCUUUCCUCUCCUCAGCCAUUUCUAGCUCCACCCUCCCCCUUCCCUUCUCAAGAGCUUUCUCUGUCAUGGCCUCCGGCGGCGUCACUACCCCCACACAGGUUGUUCCCGCCGUCAUCGUCGGUGGCGGACGAGUCGGAAGGGCCUUGCAAGACAUGGGCUCCGGCCAUGACUUUCUCGUCAAGAGAGGAGACCCUGUGCCCCUCGAUUUUCAAGGCCCUAUCUUGGUCUGCACAAGGAACGACGAUCUCGAUCAAGUUCUUGAAGCUACUCCACGAUCUAGAUGGAGUGCAGAUUUGGUGUUUUUCCAGAAUGGAAUGCUUGAUCCAUGGCUUGAAAGUAAAGGCUUAAAUAAUGCAGACCAAGUAUUGGCAUAUUUCGCUGUGUCAAAACUUGGAGAAGCCCCUAUUGAUGGUAAGACUGAUACUAAUCCUGAAGGGCUUACAGCUGCUUAUGGGAAGUGGGCAUCUGCUGUGGCGGGACGACUACUUGCUGGAGGCCUCUCUUGCAAGGUUCUUGAAAAGGAAGCAUUUCAGAAGCAGAUGUUAGAGAAGCUAAUAUGGAUUUGUUCAUUCAUGCUUGUUGGAGCACGUAAUGGAGGGGUGUCUGUAGGUGCUGUGGAAAAAGAAUUCCGCUCUGAUGUUUCCAAGCUUAUAGAACAACUAGCAUCAGCAGCAGCAGGCGAAAAGGGUUUAACAUUCGACGAAGGCAUGGUUGAGCGUUUAUGUGCAUAUUCCCGAGCUGUUGCCCACUUUCCCACUGCAGUGAAGGAGUUCAAAUGGAGAAAUGGUUGGUUUUAUUCUAUCUCUGAGAAGGCUAUGGCACAAGGAAAACCUGACCCAUGUCCUCUGCAUACCCAGUGGCUAAAAGAGUUAAAGGUUGUUUAGAGCUUGAGGCCUCAUAGUGCCAAAGAGAUACAAGAAAUGGGAGUACGUCAAGUGACACACGAGGGUCAAUUUCAUUAGAAGCAUGCAAGUACAAUUGGUGCUCCAUCAAAUAGAGGGAAAAGCAAAGUAGAACUAGCCUAAGGAGCCUAAGCCGGUAUAACAUGCCGAGUGAACUUGGGUGAUGCUAGGUCAACAUUUGAGUUUUGCAUUGAACAAGUAGAUUUUGAGGUUGAAUCGUUGAAGUGUUGAAAGACUUUUAAGUGACAUGCUCAUUGCCUAUUUAUAGAAGAGGAUAGUGGCGUGCUCCUUCAAUUUUGAAUUUCAGCUUGAAGGGAGUAGGUAAUUUUUCCGCAUCAUUAGUUAGAAGAGGAUGCUGACUCAUCGUGUGGAGAGCUGUGGGCAAGAGCACCACAUAUGUCGGGUAGUAGGAUGAGUGGAUGAGAACAGAUUGUGAUGCCCCUAAAUGCAAUGUUUCACUUAGUUCUAUCAAAGCAGGCCCUUGACCUGGUGGCUGGUGUGCCAAACCAGUCCAAAUACUUGUAUUCCUAAUUCCUUUAACAAUUAACUAGCAUAAGUUCAUCUCCAA